AGCGCACGUCUGACGGCCAGACGCCACCCCGCUGGUCAUUUUAGCAAUGGCGUCCUCAUCCUUGACCACGUUGCUCAUUCUGUGCGCUGUCGGGAGCCUCCGAGCGCAGCCGUUUUUCGGAGGCGAGAGCCCCAAGCCUGAAACGAACUGCAACGCCCUCCUGUACCAGCUGGCGGCGCGCGUGGACAAACUGGAGAAGGACGCAGCCGAAGCAGCCAAAGCGCCGGUGUCCUUCGCGGCGGCGCUGGUCACCACGCCGGAGUUGACCCACAUCGGCCCCUUCGACACCGAAACCACCCUGCUGUUCAAGAACGUGAUCACCAACGUGGGCAACGGUUAUGACUCCAACACAGGCAUCUUCACAGCCCCUGUGAGGGGUCUCUACUUCAUCGUCUUCAACGGCAACGUGGGCACAUCGGGGGCCUUGAACGCAGCCGUGAUGAAGAACGGCAUCAACAUGUUCGCCAUCUACGACACGCAGGGCACAUUCAGCAGCGCCACCAACGGCAUGCCGCUGGUACUGGAGGAGGGAGACAAGGUGUGGGUCACAUUGUGGGCCCAAAAGAGCAUCUUUGACCAGAGCCGACUCAGCACCUUCAGCGGCUUCCUCCUCAAAAGCAUGUGAUGGCAGAAACGCACAUGAAUUAAAAAA